GGUUCCGGCUAGGCCACGUGGCGCACGCGCAGUGUGGAAUUGCCGGUCCUCGCCGCCGCCUUAGGGUCUUCUUUAGGGUAGCUCUCGGGUUUUGUCUGUCUCUCAGCGGUCCUCCCAUGUCGGAGGAGAAGGUCAGCAGCCCUUCGGGGAAGAUGGACGGCGAGAAGCCGGUGGAUGCCAGUGAGGAGAAGCGAAAGGAAGGAGGCAAGAAGAAGAAGGAUGGAGGUGGAGAUGGAGGCCGAGCGGAGUUGAAUCCUUGGCCUGAAUAUAUUAACACACGCCUUGAUAUGUAUAAUAAGCUAAAAGCAGAGCAUGAUUCUAUCCUGGCUGAAAAGGCAGCAAAGGAUAGCAAGCCAAUUAAAGUCACUCUGCCCGAUGGCAAACAGGUGGACGCAGAGUCCUGGAAAACCACACCAUAUCAGAUUGCAUGUGGAAUUAGUCAAGGCCUGGCUGACAACACCGUUGUCGCUAAAGUGAACAAAGUUGUUUGGGACCUGGACCGCCCGCUGGAGACGGAUUGCACUUUGGAGCUUCUCAAGUUUGAGGAUGAGGAAGCACAGGCAGUAUAUUGGCACUCCAGUGCCCACAUAAUGGGCGAGGCCAUGGAAAGAGUCUAUGGUGGAUGUUUAUGUUACGGCCCACCAAUAGAAAAUGGGUUCUAUUACGAUAUGUACCUUGAAGAAGGGGGUGUGUCCAGCAAUGAUUUCUCUUCUCUGGAAACUUUGUGUAAGAAAAUCAUUAAAGAGAAACAAACUUUCGAAAGAUUGGAAGUGAAAAAGGAGACGCUACUAGAAAUGUUUAAGUACAACAAGUUCAAGUGCCGGAUACUGAAUGAAAAAGUGAAUACUCCAACCACAACUGUCUAUAGAUGUGGCCCUUUGAUAGACCUCUGCCGGGGUCCUCAUGUCAGACACACUGGCAAGAUUAAGACUCUAAAAAUACACAAGAAUUCUUCCACUUACUGGGAAGGCAAGGCGGACAUGGAAACCCUCCAGAGGAUUUAUGGCAUUUCAUUCCCCGACCCCAAACUGCUGAAAGAGUGGGAGAAGUUCCAAGAGGAAGCCAGAAACCGAGAUCAUAGGAAGAUUGGGAGGGACCAAGAGCUGUAUUUCUUCCAUGAACUCAGCCCUGGAAGUUGCUUUUUCCUGCCCAAAGGAACCUACAUUUAUAAUACACUUAUGGAAUUUAUCAGGAGUGAAUAUAGGAAAAGAGGGUUCCAGGAGGUCGUCACUCCUAACAUCUUCAAUAGCCGGCUGUGGAUGACCUCUGGCCACUGGCAGCACUACAGUGAGAACAUGUUCUCCUUUGAGGUGGAGAAGGAACAGUUCGCCCUUAAGCCCAUGAACUGCCCAGGACACUGCCUUAUGUUUGACCACCGGCCAAGGUCCUGGCGAGAGCUGCCUCUGCGGUUGGCCGAUUUUGGUGUGCUUCAUAGAAAUGAGCUCUCUGGGGCUCUCACGGGACUCACUCGGGUUCGAAGAUUCCAGCAGGAUGACGCACACAUAUUCUGUGCCAUGGAGCAGAUUGAGGGUGAAAUCAAAGGUUGCUUGGAUUUUCUUCGCACAGUAUAUAAUGUCUUCGGAUUUUCGUUUAAAUUGAAUCUUUCUACUCGCCCAGAAAAAUUCCUUGGAGAUAUUGAAAUAUGGAACCAAGCUGAGAAACAACUUGAAAACAGUUUGAAUGAGUUUGGUGAGAAGUGGGAACUGAAUCCUGGUGAUGGCGCUUUCUAUGGUCCAAAGAUUGACAUACAGAUAAAAGAUGCCAUCGGCCGCUACCACCAGUGUGCGACCAUCCAGCUGGAUUUUCAGUUGCCCAUCAGGUUUAAUCUUUCUUACGUAAGCCAUGAUGGUGAUGACAAGAAGAGGCCCGUGAUUGUUCACCGAGCCAUCCUGGGGUCGGUGGAGAGAAUGAUUGCCAUCCUCACGGAAAACUAUGGGGGCAAGUGGCCUUUCUGGCUCUCGCCUCGCCAGGUGAUGGUAGUUCCAGUGGGCCCAACAUGUGAUGAAUAUGCCCAAAAGGUACGGCAACAAUUCCAUGAUGCUAAAUUCAUGGCAGACAUUGACCUGGAUCCAGGCUGCACCUUGAAUAAGAAGAUCAGAAAUGCGCAGUUAGCACAGUAUAACUUCAUCCUGGUUGUUGGGGAAAAAGAGAAAGCCAGUGGCACUGUGAACAUCCGCACCAGGGACAAUAAGGUCCACGGGGAGAGAACUGUCGAGGACACUGUGGCGCGACUGCAGCAGCUCAAGCUAACCCGCAGCAAGCAGGCGGAAGAGGAAUUUUAACAGGGACAUCGCCGGCACUGGCUGAGCCUAAAGAAGACCAGUGCUCCAUCCCAUAACCUAGUGCCCUGGGAAACUUGAGUUUAUAAUGAAUGUGGAAUAAUUCUACAGUCCGCAUGAGUCAGUCUUUUUGAUUUGGACAAGUCGUAAAGAAUGUGUUAGAUGGGGGUCAGUAAAGGAACCAUUAAAAUUAUUUUAUUCAUUAAAUGUCUCAGCAAUGGAAAAUCAGGGGGCAUGUUUUAAUGUAACAGUUACUUUGUAUGAAUUCAAUCAAUUAAAAACUAAAAAAAUUUAAAAUGUGCUUAAAGAAAAACCAGGAUUGAAUUAUGGUGUGAAAAUUUACUGCUGCAGAUAUCAAGACCUCAUUAUCCUCGUGUUUCUGUAGAAGCACCGGGGUCAGUGUGCCUCCGUGUCCAGCAGGAAGUGCAAGUGUUUGGGAGGGCAGGUCAUAGCAUUCUGAUUCCCAAAUGGGAUGGAGCUGGCUGCUGGCUUGUUAGUGGUAAGGUAAACAUUUCCUUUUGAGAUGACACUUUUGUUUUCCUUUUGGAUAGAGACCUUUAAAUGACUUAAAACAAUGUUGUACAAACUCUUAGGGACAUGUCUUCAAAGAAAGCUGCCUAUGGAAGACUGUUCCUUGUCAAGUGGGUUCUCUGUUAUGAUGAAUACUUUUUAAAUUUUUCUAUCAGCAAGUCAUUUAUGGAGCAAAGGAAAUUCUUGUAUCAUUAUGUAUUAUUUCCCUCUUAUUUUAGUCAUUUUCAGAAGUCAUCUUGUCGCAUCUGAAACCCAACAAAGAGAAGCAUACAUAGGUUAAUCCUCUAAUAAAGGAGGUGACAUCUG